AUGCAGAAAGGUAUUACCAAGGUGAUAAGGAUUAUAGAAGGAGAGCCUGAACCACCAUUUGAUUCUAAUGACUAUAUGACUCUUUACACGACUAUCUACACUAUGUGCAAACAAAACCAUGAUUACUCACAUCCGCGUUACGAUAAGUAUCGUGAAGUUAUUGAAGAUUAUACUAUACAAAUGGUGUUGCCGUCUUUAAGGGAGAAGACCGAUGAAUAUAUGUUACAAGAGCUUGUUAAAAGGUGGAAUAACCAUAAUGUUAUGCUUAGAUGGUUAGCCAGAUUCUUCGCACAUAUUGAUCGUUACUAUGUUCCUAAGCGAGACAUUCCAACAGUGAGUGAAGUUGGUUUGACAUGCUUCUGCGACCUGGUUUAUCUUGAGAUGCAUCCCACGGCCACAAAAGCUGUAAUAGCACUUAUUCGUAAAGAACGUGAGGGCGAAGAGAUUGAUAGGGAACUAGUGAAAAACGUAUUAGAUGUCUAUGUGGAGAAUGGGAUGGGAACUAUGGUAAAAUAUGAAGAGGAUUUUGAAAGCUUCAUGCUUCAAGAGACUGUUUCUUACUAUUCUCUCAAGGCAUCAAUGUUGAUCAAGGAGGACUCUUGUCCUGAUUACAUGCUAAAGGCUGAGUAG